CUCGAAAGUGAAAUCGAAAUUCCCGACUUUUGAGUAUGGCGUCAACAGCUUCAGGGCCGAUGCUUUCCCGGUUCUAACCUGGAAAGCGAAAUCGUGGAAUCCUCUUGUGCGAGGUUCGAUGGGCCGUUCUCGCGGAGUUUCUAACUCCGCGGACGACGACGUGAAUCAGAGAUCAAAGAGAAGAAGGGUUGCCCCUGCUGGGGAGAAUCUUGAAAAUGCUUCCACAGGUCAAGGUGGCACUGAAGGAAAGAAAGCUUUAUACCAUUGCAAUUAUUGUAACAAGGACAUAUCUGGAAAGAUAAGAAUUAAAUGUUCAAAAUGUCCCGAUUUUGAUCUUUGUGUUGAGUGCUUUAGUGUAGGUGCUGAAGUCACCCCUCACAGAAGCAAUCAUCCAUACAGAGUCAUGGACAACUUGUCUUUCCCCCUUAUUUGUCAGGACUGGAACGCAGAUGAGGAAAUACUUCUUCUUGAGGGUAUAGAAAUGUACGGGUUGGGAAACUGGGCUGAAGUUGCUGAGCAUGUUGGUACCAAGAAUAAAGAACAAUGCAUCAACCAUUACACAGCCUUGUACAUGAAUUCUCCAAGCUAUCCUCUUCCGGAUAUGUCUCGCGUUAAUGGAAAAAAUAGAAAGGAACUUCUUGCUAUGGCUAAAGCACAGGGCGAGGGCAAGAAAGGAAUUUCUGUGCUUGGUGAUGUCACACCCAAAGAGGAGUCUCCCUUCUCUCCCUCAAGGAUCAAGGUUGAAGAUUUAAGUGAAGUCCAUGCUGGACGGUCGCCAUCUGGUUUAACAGUUGGCGCCUCUAAAAAGGUUUCAAAUGUGGGACAACUUAAAGAAGUUUCUGAUGUAACUAAGGUCGAAAGCUUAAUAACAGCUGAAGAUCAUGUUGAUAGGAGUGUUGGUGUUAAAAAGCCCAAGUAUUCAGGAGAUGAAGCGCCCUCUUUGACCGAGUUAAGUGGAUUCAAUCCAAGGAGGCAGGAAUUUGAUCUUGAAUAUGACAAUGAUGCUGAGCAAUCAUUGGCUGAUAUGGAAUUCAAGGAAACGGACACCGAGACUGAUCGAGAACUGAAACUACGUGUUUUACAUAUAUAUUUGUCAAGGCUUGAAGAGAGGAGAAGGAGAAAGGACUUCAUAUUAGAGAGGAAUCUACUUUAUCCUCAUCCAUUAGAAAAGGAAUUGGCAAACGAAGAUAGAGAGGUGUAUCAUCGGUACAAGGUAUUCAUGCGAUUUCUAUCCCAAGAAGAGCACGACGCACUAGUGAGCAGUGUUAUUGAAGAGCGUAGAAUUAGAAGAAGAAUUCAAGAGCUUCAGGAGUGUCGAGCCGCCGGAUGCCGUACGUUGGCAGAAGCAAAGAUGUACGCAGAACAGAAGAGGAGAAAAGAACUGGAGGCCAACGUUCAGAAAACGAAGGAAACUAGCGCGCUAAUCAACAAUAAUAAAGUUACACAGAAGAUAAAUAGACCCAUCAGUAGAGAUAAAAUUGAUUCUGAUGGAAGCCCCCUCAGCAUGGUUGAUAAUCACAAAAUAAAAGGUCUAACAUUAGAUUCCAGUGGCAAAGAUUCUCCUGUGACAUCAGGGCAGGCUAAUCUGAGAUCUUUUGAUGACUGGGAUAUCAUUGGACUUCCUGGAGCAGACUUGUUAACUGAAAGUGAACAAUUACUGUGUUGCCAGAACAGAUUAUUUCCAAGCCAUUAUCUUAAAAUGCAGGAAGUCUUGGUCCAAGAGAUACUGAAGGGUGCGGUGGUGAAAGCAGUUGAUGCCCACCAGCUUUUCAAGAUUGAUCCAAAUAAAAUAGACAAGAUAUAUGACUUGGUAACAAAGAAGCUUGGCCAGAGUGAGGAUUUAUUUAAUGCUUAAAUAACCG